AUGGAGGCUCCAAGUGCGAUGGUGGGGCGUGAAGAGAUGGAGCAAGGUGGACUGCAGGUCGAACUGGAACCAGAGCUUCUGCGAGGUAUUCCGCUGCACGUGGCGCUGUCGGGUUGGGGAAAGCAUUGGGCAGACAAUGGCAGCGGUAGCAUCGGGACAGACGCGGACGCCAGCCAGAGCAGCUACAGCUUGAGCCGGGCCACCCAGGACUUCGACAACUUCCUCAGUCAUGACUGGGAGACGUCGCGCUGGGAGAAGCUGCUUGCAAUGAUGCUUCUCUUCAACACCAAGCCUGCCGCUCGGGUUGCGUCGGUCGCUUGCGUUCUAACCGCUGCUGCAUCCAUCUUCGCUGGACGCAUUGUCCAGGUGUUAUUACCAGUGGUCAGCUACUUCUGCUUCUGGACCGCCCUUUGUUUCGCACAGCGGGGCUUUGCGAUGAUCUCGAGGCCGAGGAUGGUCUUCUUGGAUAAGCUAUGCAUUUCGCAGGACGACGCCGUGCUGAAGCAAAAGGGCAUUUUGGGUUUGGCCGCCUUCCUGGACCGCUCAAAGAAGCUCACGAUUCUGUGGAGCCCGCGCUAUUUUUCAAGGCUUUGGUGUUGCUAUGAAUUAGCCACGUUCCUCCGGCAUUCCACCCGACAGUCGAUUGAGAUCAUGCCCACGAAGCUGGCUGUCUUGUUCUUCGGCUUGUUCUGCUCCACGCAGUUUAUAUCCCUGCUGUACGUGCUCGCGGCGGCGGUCUUGGCAAAUCAAGCUGUUGGGCAAAGCCAACGGAUUGUGGAAAUGGUAACCAUUACCAGCAUCACGUCGAUUGCCUUUCUACUUCCUGCUGUUCUGUGCCUGCAUGCAGGCAUUGGUGUCGCAGGGAGCAUGGGGGAACUCGAAAAUCAACUUCGCGCUUUUCGAAUUCAGAACUGCAGAUGCUUUUGCUGCUCGGUGGACCAUAUCCAUCCGGAAACAAAAGCACCACUGCCCUGUGAUCGAGAAUUGAUCUUGGAGGCCGUGAAGAAGUGGUAUUUUGAAGACAUAUCUUCUCCUCAGGAGAAGGCCUCCGACGAACCCCACUGGGAGAAGUUCAACCAGACGGCGCAGCAAGAGCUUCUGCCACUAGUCUUGGAUUCGGUCGGCACCGGCCUGUGCAUGUCCUACUUUUCAGCCUUGGUGUGUGCGGCUAGCCUACCCACUCUCGUAUUUUGGCUGCCCACCGUGUACAUCGAGGGCGCACACUAUUUCGAGGGCUCUCAUCUCAUGGUUUGGUGGGUCCGUUGCUGCGUGCACUGGGCCAUCUUCCCUCUUGGCAGCCUCUGGUAUUUCCAAGUCUACUGGUGGCUGUGUCUGCUUGGCGUCCGCGCAGAGAAGUGCUGGCAAGGAAAGCGGAAAUUGAUUUCGUGCCUCUUGCUGCUUCCUCUGUCCUUCUUUGGUCUUGGGCCAAUAUAUGUCGUGGAAUUCACCAGGGCAGCCACGGAGACCCCGAGCUUGCUUCCGGUGCUUCCCUUCUCCUUACUGCUGGCUGCGGUGUUUUCACAGAGAUGUCGGCUUCCUGGCGCCCGGUCCACUGAUCGCCGGACUUCGGCCCAGCCGGCGGAGCAGAAGAAGGAAGCCAACGAGGUCGUUGACGCAACCAGCCAUGCAAAUCAACCCCGUUGCGAGACGGCCGCGGACGGGGAUCUGGUGAGUUGGACCUUCUGA